AUGGCCCCGCCCCAGCCCCUCUUCCUAGGCCUCGACUGCUCAACGCAGGCGCUCAAGGCGUCCCUCCUCUCGUCCGACCUGCGCGUCCUCGCCGAGGAGGAGGUGCGCUUCGACAACGACCUGGCGCACUUCGGCACACGCGGCGGCGUGCUCCAUGGUCCCGAGGGAUCGGGGGAAGUCUUCUCGCCCGUCCUGCAGCCCGUCGAGGCGCUCGACUUGUUGUUGGAGCGGAUCAAGGCCGCCGGGUGGGACGUGGACUCUAUCCGCGCCGUGUCCGCCGCGGGGCAGCAGCACGCGACGGUGUACUGGUCGCAUGAGGCCUCGCGCCUGCUUGGCACCCUCGACCCCGGCGCGCCGAUGGCGCCGCAGCUGCUCCGCGCGUUCUCGCGCGAUAUCAUCCCCAACUGGCAGGACUCGUCCACCGGCGCCGAGUGUGCGGAGAUCACUGCCGCCCUCGGCUCCGCGGAGCAGCUGGCCGACGCGACCGGCUCGUCGGCACACACGCGUUUCUCGGGCGCGCAGAUCGCCAAGUUCCGUAAAGUGUCCCCCGAGGCAUACGCCGACACCGCGCGCAUUUCGCUCGUGUCCAGCAUGGUCACGACGCUGCUCUGCGCCGACGGAGACGUGAAGGGCAUCGACGAGAGCGACGCGUGCGGCAUGAACCUGUGGGACAUGCGCUCGCGCGCGUGGUCCGAGCCUGCUCUUGCUGCCGUUGCGGGCGGCGGAGGCGACACCGCCGCGCUGAGGAGCAAGCUCGGCCUCGUGGAGACGGACGGCGGGCGCGUGGUCGGGCAGAUCGGACAGUGGUUCGUCAAGCGGUACGGCUUCAGCCCCGAGUGCAUCGUGCUCCCCGGCACGGGCGAUAACCCCGCCACGUUCCUCUCGCUUGUCUUGCGCGAGUCCGAGGGCCUGCUGUCCCUCGGCACGUCGGACGUCGUCAUGGUCUCGACGGCAGCGUAUACCCCGCACCCAGAAUACCACGCCUUCUUCCACCCCGCGCAGAUUGCCCCGCCGAGCAAGGACGGCACAGCGGUUGCUGGUGCGCAGGCUGAGCAGCUACGAUACUUCAACAUGCUGGUGUACAAGAGUGCGUACGUCGGCUGGUCGCCGCUGACCCCAGACGGAUCCCUCGCGCGCGAACACGUGAGGGACAAGUACUUUGCCAAGUGUUGGGACGACUUCAACGCCGCCGCGGAGCGGCUGCGGCCAAAGAGCGCAGCAGACGUGCCGUCCCGCACGGCCUUCUGGUGGCUCCUCCCAGAUAUUAUUCCGGCCAACGCUCACGGCGUGCACAAGUACGAGGGGCGGGACGCGGCGAGCGCGGGCAGCGUGGACGCCUUCGCCGACCGCGACGCGGAAGCCCUCGCGAUCCUCGAGUCCCAGAUGCUCAACUACCGCUCGCGCUCGUCCGCGAUCCUCGGCAGCCCCGCGGGCCUGUCGCGCGCAUACGUCGCCGGCGGGGCGGGCAAGAACCCGACCAUCUGCGCCGUGGCCGCCGACGUGCUCGCGUGCCCCGUGUCCAAGGCGGUCGAGUGGGACGGGCGCCAGUGGGGCGAGGCGGGGUGGAACGCGUGCUCCGUCGGCGUGGGGUACAAGGCGCGCUGGGGAUGGGAGCGCGAGGCGGCGCGUCAGCGCGGGGACGGCGCGCGCGCUAGCAUCGGGUUCGACGACCUGAUUGCUGAGAUUCGACGGGCACGGCGCGCGGCACUGCCUGCUGAGGCUCUGUCUGCCGCCGACGCGCCAGACGACGAGGGCGUCGCCAACGUCGCGGUUCCAGGUCCGGGCGCUGGCGCGUACGACGCGGCCGUGGGCUGGUGGCAGGCGCUGGAGGCGCGCGCUCUCGCGGGCAAGUAA